CUUGUCAAAAACUGCGUUUAGGUUGGUUUAGGUGAAUGCAGUGGAAUAAUGCACUCGGAUAGUCGGAUGUGUUGUCGACCGCCGACGACUCGAGUAAACAUUAACAGUUUGAAAAAUUCAUUUGCUAGAGCGUGAUAAUCCUUUUUUUUUUCUAAAACCGCAACGAUGCACGACGCUUACGAGGAAACGUCGAUAUUAAAUAUCACCGUGCAGAUUGAGUCUAUGGCUGCUUAUGAUGACAACUUGCUGAUAGGCACCAGGGAGGGUCAUCUUCUUAUGUACAAUGUUCCAUCGGUGUUCGACGACAGCCACAAGCUGGAAUUGCUACGUCACAGCAAGAAUUUUAACAAGAAACGCAUCAAUCAGAUAGACGUUGUGCCGGAAUACAAUCUAUUGAUCAUCCUAACAGAUAACAUUGUGUGCAUUCACGACUUGAAUUCGCCAAACUUUCAACAAAUAUGUCAAUUACCAAAGACUCGCGGCGCCACUCUGUUCACCCUGGAGGUUCAGUCGACUCAAAGCCUGACGGGAGAGAAGAACACCGUGGUGCGUUUGUGUGUCGCUGUCAAACGUAAAUUACAGCUGUAUUAUUGGAAGGGCAAGAAGUUCGAGGAGUUCAAGGAUUUUGAGUUGACCGUGCCGGAUAUACCUCGUCAAUUGUCAUGGUGCGGCGAAACGUUAGUAUUAGGAUUUCGUGGAUUGUCCUAUACGAUUUACGACCUAAACGAUAAACCUAAGGAGCUCUUUCCCACUGGCAAAUCUCCAGAGCCAAGCGUUACGAAAUUAUCAGACAGCUCUUUUGUCCUGGGCAAAGAUUCUCAGUCGUUUAUUAUGGACACGAAAGGAGAGUUGGUUCAGCAUAACCCGGUAAAGUGGUCGGAUACACCUAGUGCGAUAGCGUGGGAUGAUCCUUACUUACUUGGUAUUGUGCACGACAGAUUGGAGGUGUACACAUUGGAAGGAUGUCUACAUAUUCAGACAAUAAAGGAUCUAAAUAAAGCUAGACUUAUAUACCGUUGCAAGCAGGGGAGAGUCUACAUGGCGUCCAUCAGUCAAAUUUGGUGUGUCAAGGCAAUUGAUGUUACUUUACAAAUUAGGACUUUGCUGGAGCAAAAUCAGUUUCAGUUGGCACUAAAAUUGACCAAUUUAUCAGAUAUAACAGAUGAGGAGAAAACCAAACAAACGUAUAAAAUACAAACGUUGUACGCGCAUCAUCUGUUCUACAAUAAGCGAUUUCAAGAGGCGAUGGAUUUGUUCUUGAAACUGGGAACCGAUCCAUACGAGGUGAUCAGAUUGUUUCCAGAUUUAGUUUCGCCCUCGACCAACGAACUCAGCGAACCAGCGCCCAAUUUGCCGAAGCUGCAAGAUCACGAUUUAGAAAAGGGCUUACGUGCGUUGAUAGUAUUUCUAACUGAGGUCAGGCAUAAGCUGAUGGCGAAAGACAAAGAGCUUGGCAAGGAGAAAAAUGGAGUAAACGGGGAGAAGAAUCUGACCGCGGUAGCUACGGAACAGCUUCUGAAGAUUAUAGAUACGACCCUUUUAAAAUGCUAUCUGCAGACCACUGACGCCUUAGUGGCGCCUUUACUUAGACUGAAUCACUGUCACUUGGCGGAAGCUGAGAAAACUUUAUUGAUGCAUCAGAAGUACCCGGAGCUCAUUAUAUUGUAUCAGACCAAAGGGCAGCACAAGAAAGCGUUGGAGCUGCUGGAGAAGCACGCGAAGGAAAACGAUUCUAGUCUGAAAGGCACUGAGAGAACUAUACAGUAUUUGCAGCAUCUCGGCAAGGAUCAUAUGGAUCUGAUACUGAAAUUUGCCGGAUGGGUAUUAACGGAGGAUCCGGAGCAGGGCCUUAGAAUAUUUAUGGAGGACAUACAGGAAGUUGAACACUUACCUAGACCAAAGAUACUGGAUUACCUUCUGCGUUUCCACAAAGACUUAGUGAUACAAUACUUAGAACAUGUAGUACAUGUUUGGGAGGACACCAAUCCACUGUUCCAUAACGUUUUGAUACAUCAGUACAAGGAGAAGUGUCUGGCCUCCAUGAAUGCGAGCGCGACGCCGGCGGAGAAGGAGACUUCGCAGCAUAUCCGGCAAAAGUUACAACAAUUCCUGGAGAAAUCGACGCAAUAUACGCCGGAAACGAUAUUGGUGCAUUUUCCAUUUGACAGCCUGUUCGAGGAACGGGCGAUUAUACUCGGACGACUCGGUCGUCAUCAGCAAGCUAUAUCGAUAUACGUUAGUCUUUUAAAUGAUAUACCGCGCGCAAUGCAAUAUUGCCAAAAUGUAUAUACAAAGUAUCAAAAUCAAGAUCGUACAAUGGAGAAGCAAAAGCAAACGGAUAACGCCGAUGAAGUGUACGUUUUGCUGAUUCAGCAGUUAUUGAAACCCGACAAUGAAGGAAUUUUAAUGGCUGGUUGCAGUCCAGAAAUUCAAAGAACGACACAGCCAGAUUUAGAGAUGGCCCUUCGACUGCUGGAGGAGCACGCCUCAAAGAUAAAUCCGAUGAAAGUUCUGCAGGUUCUACCGGAUUCCGUUCCUAUCGGCAGAAUAAAACACUUUCUGGAAGUUAGCUUGCAAAAUAACUUGAACGCGAGGCGGCGAACGCAGGUUCUCAAAGGGCUGCUUUACGCGGAGCAUUUACAAGUGCAGGAGCAACGGAUGCACUACGAAUCGCAGAGUGUCCUCAUGACAGAAUUUAAUAUAUGUCCAGUUUGUAAAAAACGAUUUGGCAACCAAAGCGCUUUUGCGAGGUAUCCCAAUGGCGACAUAGUGCAUUACUCAUGUCAAGAUCGCAAGGGGUAAAGGCGAAGUCGCAAGAUUUACAGUCACAAGUCUCAUUAUUGUGCAUAAGUUUAGGAUUGUAUAUACAUCGAGUAUAGAGAUAUACACAUUUUAUAUGUAUAUAUGUAUACGAAUUUCGCAAUAACGAAAUUCCGAUACACGUACUGUUACGCAAAACUCAAAAACUUUAUCCACUCUCUGCAGCCGCUUAUUAAAAAUUACCAGUAAAAUUA